CCAAGGCCUUGCCGUACCGUCCGGGCGGCGAGCUGCAUCCUGGUUCAGUUAGUGUGCACGGCGUGUGUCGAGUGUUCGCUGAUCACGGUCGCCACCAACAAAAUGAACCGCGAGAGCUUCGCGGCGGGCGAGCGGCUGGUGUCGCCGGCUUAUGUGCGGCAGGGCUGUGAGGCCCGCCGCUCGCAUGAGCACCUCAUAAGGCUGCUUCUGGAGAAGGGCAAGUGUCCAGAGGAUGGUUGGGAUGAAAGUACACUUGAACUUUUUUUACAUGAACUUGCAAUCAUGGAUAGCAACAAUUUCCUGGGCAAUUGUGGUGUGGGAGAAAGGGAAGGGAGAGUGGCAUCUGCCUUAGUUGCUCGGCGUCAUUACAGGUUCAUUCAUGGAAUUGGACGAUCGGGUGAUAUUUCUGCUGUGCAACCAAAAGCUGCAGGUUCUAGCCUUUUGAACAAAAUUACCAAUUCUUUGGUCCUGGACAUCUUAAAGUUGGCUGGUGUUCCUACAGUGACCAACUGCUUUGUAGUUCCCAUGGCAACUGGUAUGAGUCUAACCUUGUGUUUCUUAACAUUACGACAUAAAAGACCAAAGGCAAAGUAUAUUAUAUGGCCGAGAAUAGACCAGAAGUCCUGCUUUAAAUCCAUGAUCACUGCAGGUUUUGAGCCUGUGGUGAUAGAGAAUGUUUUAGAAGGUGACGAGCUGCGCACAGACCUGAAAGCAGUGGAGUCUAAAGUCCAGGAACUUGGGCCUGAUUCCAUUCUGUGUGUUCAUUCCACCACAUCCUGUUUUGCUCCAAGGGUGCCUGAUAGAGUAGAAGAACUGGCUGUGAUCUGUGCUAAUUAUGGCAUCCCACAUAUCGUCAACAAUGCUUACGGAGUGCAGUCUUCAAAGUGUAUGCACCUCAUCCAGCAGGGGGCUCGGGUUGGCAGAAUAGAUGCUUUCGUUCAGAGCUUGGACAAAAAUUUUAUGGUUCCAGUAGGUGGCGCUAUAAUUGCUGGCUUUAAUGAUUCCUUCAUUCAGGAAAUCAGCAAGAUGUAUCCAGGAAGAGCUUCAGCUUCACCUUCUUUAGAUGUCCUUAUUACUUUAUUAUCACUUGGAUCAAAUGGCUAUAAGAAGCUAUUAAAAGAAAGAAAGGAAAUGUUUUUAUAUUUGUCCAGCCAACUAGAGAAGCUGUCAGAAUGCUACAAUGAAAGACUGUUGUGUACACCUCACAAUCCCAUAUCUUUAGCUAUGACACUUAAGACACUAAGUGAACACCAGGACAGAUCUGUCACUCAGCUUGGCUCAAUGCUUUUUACCAGACAGGUUUCUGGAGCCAGGGUUGUGCCUCUUGGGUCUGUGCAAGCCGUGAGUGGCCACACCUUCCGAGGCUUUAUGGCACAUACAAAUAAUUACCCUUGCGCUUACCUCAAUGCUGCAGCAGCCGUUGGAAUGAAGACACAGGAUGUGGACUUGUUCGUGAAGAGACUUGACAAGUGUUUAAAGACAGUAAGAAAAGAACAAAAUAAAGAGAGUAAUGCAUCUGCAGUUGAAAAUUACAACAAAACUGAAGAUGUAGAUAUUGAAGAAAUGGCUUUAAAACUAGAUAAUGUGCUUCUUGACACGUCCCAGAAUUCUUCAUGACAUGUGAAAGGUUUCUUUUUGAUUAUUUGAAAGAAGUGAUGAGGCUACAGUACAAACAAGCAGUUUAAAGAUAGGACUUGAGGUUUUGGAACUGAGAAUGUCUUGGAGGAUAUGGAGGAUCUUUGGUCAAGGUACAGACUGGGGUCUGAGCUAGCCAUCUGAUGACUUGUUAUGUUUUUUUAUUCUUAGAUUGCCUCAGUUAUUAUGUUCCUUAACAGAUAAAACUACCAUUAGGAUUUUUCUAAUUGUUAGAAUAUUUGUCAAUUAAGCAUUAUGAUUCAGGUCAUUCUUACUAAUGUGACAAGUAAAAUUACUUCUAAUUCUU